GGUUGUGACCUAAUCUCUAUCUGGAGUAAUGUAGGCUAGCCUAAAGAAAAUUUUGUCGCCCGAGAAUACACGGGGUAGCAUUAACAAUAUAACGCAAUGUAAAGCUUGACGACAGGCCAACCAAAGAUUUACCAAUGGAGGGUCCAGGUCCGUCUCCCGAAGCAGUAGACGUCAGCAUUUCAGCUGAUGGAGGAACCCAAGUGUCUGCACCAGUUUUGUCGCAUCUUCACGUUCGUGGGGAUGUCAGCAUUUCAACAUAUAUUUCAGGUGUUCAACAACCACCACAACCAGCACAGGACAGUGAUCAACAGUCAAAAAUCGCUGAAUACAAAACAUCUAUCAUCAUCUCCUGUGAGACUGUAAGAGAGUACAACUCCCUCCCUGGUCAGGAUGUGCUUCUGGCAGACCGCUACACUGAGCUCCUGAUUAUUCAGAGACCCAGAGUUCCGAAGGAGAGAGAGAAGGAGCUCCGUUCCAGAGGUGACACUCUCCAGCAGCUCUUCCAGACCAGGGCCAGUGAGACACACAGCAUUCAUCUCGACCAGCUGUUCAAACCCAAAGAUCGUGGAUCAGGGCCGAGAGCAGUCAUUCUCCAGGGUCAUUCGGGUCACGGCAAGUCCUUCACUGUCCAAAAAAUUAUGCAUGACUGGGCAUCUGAACUCCUGUUCAAAGAUGUUAUUCUUGUAUUUCGUCUGGACUGCAAAGAACUUAACCUCCUCUCUGGAGAGCACAGUGUGGUCGACCUCCUGAGAUGUGAUCAGGAGUUUACUCCAGUGAUUUUAAGAAUACUGCGAGACUCCCCUGGGAAGGUGCUCUUUGUUAUAGAUGGCUUUGAUGAGCUCAGGUUCUCAUUGAAUGAAAUUACCUCAGUACUUCCUAGUGAUCCAUCUACACAUGCUCCAAUCGAGGCUACAUUGAGUGCUCUGCUGAAGGGAAAAGUUUUGGGGCAGAGCUUACUUAUUGUCACCACCAGGUCCACUGUUGCAGACAAACUAAGUGAGGUGCUCAAAACCCCACACCGCUUCACAGAGAUCCUGGGCUUCUCUGAGGAUGGGGUGAAGGGGUAUUUCCAGAGGUUUUUUGAUAAUACAGAGCUCUCUGACAAGGCUUACGAGCAUGUGCGUUCAAAUGAGACACUCUUCACUUCCUGUUUCAUCCCUGUCAUCUGCUGGAUUGUGUGCACUGUUUUCAGAGAGCAUCUCCAAGAAUCAGUAGAUGCACAGGGAGACUUUGAGACAACAAGCUCCAUAUUUAUGCACUUCAUUAACACUCUGAUGAAGGAUCACGGUGAAGGUUCGAGACAGACUAACCUCACAUCCCUGAGAAGCCUUGGCCAGCUGGCAGAGAAAGGAAUACAAGACCAUCAGGUCCUGUUCGAUGAGAGAAAAGUGUCUGAGGUGUUGAUGGAUUUCAACGUGCGUAACCCUUUCCUGUGCAAAUUCUUGAUGAAGAGGAAGAUCUACAUAGAAACCAUGUACAGUUUUAUGCACCUGAGCUUCCAGGAGUUCUUUGCUGCUCUUCACUUCUUCCUGAUAGAUGACGAAGAGGAGGCUUGUGGGAAACUACAGAUAUUACUUAAGUCCACUGCAGAUGAAAUGAUCAAAGGCAAUCAUGUUGUUCGGUUUCUUUUUGGUUUGUCAAAUAGUGAUGUUUCCCCAUUUGUGAAGAGUGCCUCUUGGGUAGCUAUUCAAACCCAGUUGAAAGAGUGGCUCCUGAAUGUAACAACAGUGAAGAGAGACGGUAUACGCUUCUCUUGUCAUUCUUCAUUAAUGUUGUUUGCUCUGCACUGCCUCUACGAGAUCCAUGAGAAGGACUUUGUCAUGGAUGUAAUCGAAAACUUGGAAUGGAUUGAGUUUAGCACUCAUGAUCUGCAGAGCAUAGACUACUGGGUGCUGCUGUACUGCCUACAGUGCUGUCAGAGUGUCAGAAGCCUGAGCCUGCACGGCCUAACAGCAGAGAAACUGAGAAUGCUGGCGUCUGGGCUGUGCAAAUGUAAAGAGCUACGGCUUGAAGUGGAGGACCUGUCAGAUUCUGAUGUUGGUGAUCUGAUCUUAGCCCUGGGGGAAGGAAAGACGAUAAGUAAACUGAGUUUAAAGAGCAGUCUGUCAGCUAAGAGUGUGGUGGACAUCCUCAAUGCUCUACACAAGCAGAAAUAUCUGGGUUAUAUUGUUCUCCACGGAGUGAAGACCAUCACCCUUGACAUCGCAGUUAUGACACUAAACCUCAUCCAGAACAAACCGUUAUCCGAUAAGAGGGGUAGUGACUCCAUAUGGAUUGUAGAAGAUUACAAGACACCCAAACAAAAAGACAGCAUAUGUCUUUUAGUGACUGUGAAUAAAGACACCAAGAACCUCAGAUUGACUGUAACCUGGCGUCCAGCAAUGGAGGACUCAGACCUCUCACUUGGCUUGGACCUCACCCUGCCGAACAUGGACAUCAUUAUCUUCAAAGAAUAUCUUCAAAAAUGCCAUGAUCUACAUGAAAAUCCUGCAAUUGAUGAGCGUGUGGAUGCCCUGUUUUCUUCCUUGAACUCUGACACUGAUCUGAGGCUCCUGCAGCAGAGAGUGAGAUGUUUGACCCUGGGUCGAACUCUUGGGAGACUCUCCCUCCAAACUUUUCCUAAUUUAAAGGAAAUAAAGGUAACUGAGCACAAACAGAUGAUGUUCUGCACAACACUCUCUUUUGAAAGAGCCAGCAGUCAGAGGAUGGACACCAUAAUUAGUUUUGGAGGAUCAAGAGCAUCUGUCUCAUAUGUCUCAAUUCGGCUGUCAAACUCUUCAGACAUGACCACAUGUGACUUCACUGGUUUCAUCCUGAUAUUUGACACAUAUCUUAUGGGAUGUUCAGGGAUGAACCGUGCUGAUGGAGGUGUGGAGGCUCCACUCUCCUCCCUUUGCUCUGUGCCUGAUCUGAAGACGGUGAAGAUGGAGGUGAACUGCAUGACUCUGAGCUUGGCUGCUGGGAGCCUCUGCCUCAUCCAAACCCAUCCCAGCAUUGAGGAAAUUAAGAUUGUUCGUGAACAAUUUACAUCAUCCGAUUCCGCUGUCACUGAAGGGAUAAGUUACCACUACUCAUCUCUGUGUUUUACUAAGGAUUCCAGCACCCAGAGCCUGAUCAUUGGAAUUACCUCAGAAAAGUCUGAGGCCGCAGUCCCGUAUGUUUUACUCUUCCUGUCACGGUCCUCAGUGAAGAGCUUUGACCUCAAGGACUUUCUCUUGAAAUUCCAUUCUUUGGAAUAUUUAGAUGAACUUAGUAGUCCACAGCUUGCUGAUGCCCUGAUGUCUUCCCUGCACUCUCUGCCUGGUCUGAGGGAGAUGAAGCUGGAGGUGGGCAGUCUGACCACCCGCUGGGCAAAGAGGAUUCUCUCCCUCAUUCACUCCUGUCCCACACUUCAGAAACUACAUGUCUAUGCAUCUGAACUGCAGUGGACUCGGAGUGGGGUUAUCCGGUCAGGUGGCUUCUUGAUAAAGGAAAGUAUCCGCCUACUGAAGACAGCACUGAAGCGGCCAGACUGCACUCUGAUACUUCAUGGGAACUGGUGCUACAACGCUACCUGGCAGUGCAGAACAGGCAAGUACAGGCACCGGAAAUGCAACCAGAUGGUGGAGAUUUCAAUUAAAGAGAAUUAUUGCCGGAUGAAGAGAAGUUUUAAGCUGUCUUGGAAGAAUUGGGCGACGUGGAGGAACAUCAGGAGACGGAGAAAGACAGGAAGGAGGCGUGAUGGACAGAGUGAAGAACGCGACUGGUCAGAUGAAGAGGGUGAGGAGGACGAGUGAGUGAGACGGCUGCUGAUGAUGAAGACCGUGAGGAUCAUGGAGGGCCGUGUGGAGAACGCUGGAGGAUGAGGAAGAUUACAGAUCUGGAGGAUCAGAAGCGCACUGAUCUUCUUCAGUGCUCAUGGAGUGUAAAGCCCAACGCCCACCAGACACGUACGCGGCGCGCCGCGCCACGAAAAAAAAUAGAACUCCAUUGUUUUCAAUGGAGCAAAGCCCACUGGAAACGUCUGCCGCACAGCAGCCGCACAGAGAUAGAAAACUAUUCUAAAAUCCUGCGCGUCAAGCCCAGACCGCCGAACACCGCUGAACGGCGUGUCUGGUGGGCGUUGGGCUUAAGAGCUUUGCAGGAGAUUCUGCAGUGCAAGAGCAAAUCACUCAGACAGAGGGAUCAAGAUGUGGCCACUUAUCAUGAAGGCAUCAGGAAUUUACUGCAAUUCCGUUUGUUUCCUCAGAAGUUUUCAAAUGUACAGUUGAAUCUCCUGGCAUAGUUCUCUCAAUUACAGCAAUAAUUGUACUUAAGUAGUACAUACAUUUGAAUGUUAGAUAACAAUUGUUCUCUUUUCACUAGAAAUUGACUUUUUGUUUAUUUAUUUUUUUUUAAAGGCUACAUUUGGCCUGAGUACACUCAGAAGGUCAUGGUUCAGCACUUGACCUGAUCUGAAAGACCAAAGAUACCACAUGACCAGUGCUUUUAUAAGGAUUCUUUUUACCCAUCACCCUUUAGAUGGUUGCUUUCAUCAGAAGAAAAUGACCCUGAAUUUAUUUAACAGUAUAAAUAUCUUGGAAACAAAUAUCUUAGUAAUUGAGUUUGUACAAGUUUGUACUUCCUGCUGACUUUAUAUGUGUAAUUUGUAAUUCUGCAAAUGCGUAAUUACACAAAGUAAGUUUAAAGAUUGUGUUGUUGUCUUUUUUUGUAUAGUCUUUGUAAUAUACGACAGGAAUGAUUUCUGUGUUUUAUGAGUUGUUUUUUAUUGUCUCCUAUUGUGUCCACUUGAUCCAAAUAAAAUGAUUGAA